UAAGAACCAAAACAAACUAAACCCGGCUUCGAACAGCGUGAGGUGACGAUCUAAACCGGUAAGAAAAAGAAAAUCAGCUCCAAAAAACUUCCAAAAACCYCUACAAUGUAUUCCUCUCGGACGAGAGCGAAAAACGUUUUACUAGGGCAGAAAGUGUGUGCACCCUGGAAAGAUGGUCUGUACUAUGCAGGAGUGAUUGAGGCCGUAAAAAGUCGACCAACCGGCGAAAGCACGUUCACUAUUCUUUUUGACGAUGGCUAUAUUGCUGAGGUGGACGAAGACGAUAUAGUUGGUCCUAGCUUCGCGAAGGUAGGCUGUCUCCAGCUUCGUUCAGGACAGCGUGUUUACAUCACCUAUCAUGGWMGAGAAGUGCCUGCUAGAGUGGUGAAGCACAAACCAUCGUGGAAGAAAGUCGUUGUACGUGUUAUGGACCGUGGCGAACACUUGUUGACCGUCAAACAAGAAGAACUGCGACUAAUCAAAGGACAGAAACCUCCUGUAGAUGGACAACUGUUGAAUCAUCUCCCUAGCAAGGAAUGUCCAGUCCCAUGCAAGAUAAAGGCCCAAAGCGUGGAUUUUGAGCAAUGUCCUUCAAAACAUCAAGAAAACUUAACAAGAAGCGAAGAGAUGGCUGCCCUGGUUCUAACCUCCCUCUCUAUCUCUCCAGUUGUAAAAGAUCAAGAAAAUCUGUUCAAAGAAGAGAUAAUAUUUUCGCCAUCACCUGAUUCAGGAACGGAAAUGGCUAACGUUGGAUCACCGAACUCUUACAGCCUUUCAAAUUCACCGACAUCUCCCUCUACUUUGGAGGACUUCAAAUACAGCCCUUCCUACCACUAUGACGAGGGAAUAGGAAUCGAGUUUAUAAAGAAAGAACGCACUCGGAAAAGAAAGAACAGUAUCUCAUCAACUGGUUCAAAGAAGGUUGUAUACCUCUGUACAUGGCCAGGAUGUGGGAAAACUCUUUCCACUGUUCCAGGGAUAAUUCGUCAUGUUCGUACAAUUCAUCUUGGACCAAAGCGACACUCCGAGGAUGGCUACAGUGACGGAGAGGAAGAAUUUUAUUUUACAGAAAAGGACGACGACCAAGAAGAUUUCUGCGACCCAUUUCCUCACCCACUAGCCCUCUCCCCCACCCCCACACAGUCCCAUUUUGACAUGGUCAAGAGCCCAUGGUCUGAGCCUUGCAUCAGUCCCUCAGAUGUCCUGGAAGCGACGGAAAACUCGCCACAGAAUCUUCGCUUUAACUGGGACUUCCACAUCGCAGAUCAGGCCACAGCAAAUAAGACAGCUUCCACAACACGAUCCACGCAACCCCAGCAUCACAGAAAAAUCCGAGGAGAAAGUAAGAAGUGUAGGAAGGUCUACGGAAUGGAUAAUCGACAUCUUUGGUGCACACAGUGCCGAUGGAAAAAAGCAUGCGUUCGAUUCUCGGACAGUUAAAUUAGCCUUCUUUAGACCUUACAAAGACGCAUACAUUUACCUUUCAAAGACAGUAAAUAGUUAUUCUAUCCACCSUUAGUGUUGGGCUGUAAAUAGAUUAUUUUUUCCUUAACAUAUAUAGCUUCUAUAUUUGAUAUUUAGCCAAAAAAAUCUUACAUGUUAAGAGACUAAAAAGUUGUUAUAAUUUAACAUAGCAUGAUAAUAUUGCUCCAAAAUUAACUUCAGUGCCAAGACAUGUACGAACUUUACRACAAAACGUAUAAGACAAAGUAGCAUUCAUAAGCUUGCAGAGCCCAAAGUUUAUAAUAAGUUAUCAAGUUGGUAGUACUAAGUGACAAGGGCAGAAUUCAAAAUUCAUAUAGUAAAACUCACUCUGAAUAAGGCUAGCGCCUUGGAGUUUUAUACAUGUGGGGUUUCUCAUGAUAAACAAGAAAAUGCACUUAGAUUCUGUUACCGUUAUUAAAGUUUUCCUCGUUGAAGGACUCAAAAAAA